AUGGAAAUAUCUGUGAUGCAAUCGAGGACUUACUCAUCGAACAUCGUUCCUUUCAAGACGAAUUUCUCCGGUCCCAAGCUGAAGCUGCGCCCGCGAGUCAACAUGACCGCGAUGGACAUCAACGGCACCAUCUCCAAGUACGCCGCCACCAAGCCCAACCACACCUACCUGGCCGAGGGCAACCUGACGGGCCACUGGAACCACAACGACUACUUCUACAACCUGACGAACAGCACCGAGUUCGAUUACGACUACCAGAUGUUCAACGGCACCGGUGACGAGGAAUCCUGGACCAUGUGCAAGGAAUGGACGCCGGCCCAACACAACCUGUUCCAGACGGCGAACUUCUUCUUCGCGGCGGCGUUCUUGGUGCCGGGCAGCUUCAAGCAGAGUGUGCUGCUGGUCAGAGCACUGCUGUCGAUCGGCUACUUCUUCCUGACGAUCUGGGGUGGCGUGGAGGUGUGCGCCCCCGACAUCCUGCUGUGGAACCUGGUGAUAGUCCUGCUGAACGUCACCCACACGGCUCUGCUGACGUGGAAGUUUCUACCGCCGACGCUCACUUUAGAGCUGACGGAUUUGUACCUUAAGAUGUUCAAACCCCUUCGGGUCAGCAAGAAGCACUUCAAGGAGUUGGUGAAGGAAGCCAAAGUCAUGAACUUAGAACAGGGCGACAUCUACGCCGUAGAAGAUGUCAGCCCAGCUGACGAAAGGCUGUCAAUAUUGCUCAAAGGAAGAUUGCGCGUAACCUGUGACGACACGCAUCUGCACUUCAUCGGCACCCACCAGUUCGUGGAUUCGCCCGAGUGGGAGGCCAACCACGAGCAAUCGGACGACGUGUUCCAAGUGACAAUCACCGCCGAAGAGGACAGCGUGUACCUCUGCUGGCCCAGGAUGAAGCUGGAGAGGGUGCUUAGGCACAGGCCUAUGCUCAAGGUCGUGCUGGACUCUAUUAUAGGUAAAGACAUAACGCAGAAGCUGUACGCCCUCAACGAACAUCUCAGCGGGUUGAGCGACGAGAGGGAACGGGGCAAAAGGAACCGGAUAUGGGCGAAGACCCACAACCGUAGCAUGUCCAUGGACGCAGUCAACACGGGCACCACCGGAUUGGUUAGGUCCCAGGCGUAUAAAUCUACGCACAGGAAUAAUUCCAGUCGAGCAGAUCGUUCCCUGGGCAAGCUGGAGACCCAGUGCUGGGUCCCCCUGGUGGCCAAGCAGUUCCCCGCCAAGUCGCCCUUCAACCCCCAGAACUCGUCGGCCAGCCUGCGCGUCCCCGACGUCCACACCACCCCGCAGAGGAGCCGGUCCCUGCGCAAGGCCAACCGCGAGGUGAAGUUUGAGACAACGCAGCAGAAAUAG